CAACCUGUGAAGGGAUCAAACUUUGUGCAGGAACUGGUAGAGGGGGUCAGGGGGGGAGGUCCAUGCAUUGAAAAUCUUGCAUGAGGGAACAAAAGACGUGACUGUAGAAAAAAUUGUGCACAUGGACGAUGAAGAGUGGUACAUACGACGAGGGAUUGCGGCUGACCCCACUCUUGGUCCCGUUUGAGUGUCUCGUUGUCACCCGGCGUCACGUCUGGGUUGGGAAACUAAACGCAUGCACAAUUGGGGGAUACACAUGUGGCGGUUCUCCCGUUUACAACUAGACUUUUGGGUUUUAAAUUAAUCUACUUGAGUAAGAUUCACAAAGGUAUUCCGUGGGAAAGACAGGAGAAACUCGUCUAUGAAGAAGUUUCCACUGGCUAGUUCGGGAUGCAAGGGUUUAUUUAUUUUGUAGCUGUGAGGACUUUUCUGCCCACACGUAAUUUUAAGAGCGUGUUGGUGUUGUCGGAGGGAAUCUCGUAGCUUUCCAGUAGUUGGCCGCGCUGCUGCACAGAUUCAAGUUAAUUUGGACGUCUGGAUGUGGGAGGGUAGAGGACACCUGAGGAUACUCUCGUCCACUGUUUUUCUUUCAGUGAAUUUCAAUGUUCGAGGUUUGUCUUGUGUGUUUUAACAGUCCGUCGUUGCUCUGCUGGUGUGAUUUCAAGGUGUGGAGUCUCCCCGGGGUUUGUAGUCUGGCGAAACCUCCACUAAUUCGACCCAAACCGAAAAUUCUUCAAUUUUCCGGAUCCUACUCCAUCUCGUCACUCAUAGAUUUUGCCCUCAGAGUUAGUGCGGUUGCGUCAUAAAUUGGCCUUGUGUUCCCACCAUCGAUACUUCUGCAAUUCAAGUGCUUCAUACUCGUUUUUGAUCGCUCUAGAGUCGACAGUUCUCUGUGCUUCUACAGAGUGGAGGGAUAUUACUGACGAUUUUUCCAGCUUCACCGGUGAAAGGUGUUCUAAGUAGAGACGACAGCAAUUUUAAGGAUUGAAGGCUUCGGAGAGUAAUCAGUAGGUUUUGCAGGGUUAGAGAUAUACCUGGAUCAGCCUAGAUGGCUAGAUCAGGACUGUUGGAAGAUGGUGGCAAUUUGUUUUCGGAAUUAGGACGAACUCGGAAGCGCAACGGCAGCAAUUCAAAACCAGGACGAGGUAUCUGCCUAUUGCUUGUGACCGUGUUUUUCACGUUGCUGCUUGCCAGCCGGCUGCUAUGGUGCUUCAUGUACCUGUUCAAUAGCACAGCAACCGUUAUGUACGUUGAUCAUCACACCGUCCACCCAAACCGAGAUUCUGCUGCUUUCGCCGGUGAAAAUGAGACGAAAGCCAUGGGAGAAGGUACAAUCGUGAGGGAAUUGGGACGAAAAGCAAAUGAGAGCGAACAUGACCAGAUCUUGGAGGACUCGGAGGAAAAGAUAGUAGACGAUCACGUUGACGAGAAAGAAGGAAGUAUGGUAGACACCAAUGUGGGUAACAAAAGAGCAGAGAUAGAGGAAGUAUGGAAAGAUGAGGAACAGCUUGGGGAAUUAAUGGCGAAAAUGACAAACAUGGUGGUAAAACUUGGUGACGGUAAGGAAGAAGAAGAGGAAGACAAAGAAGAGAAUGACGAUUCCGUGGAAAAAGUAGCCCUUGACAACGGACACGCAGAGAAGAUGAAACUGCCGGAUGCCAUUGCAUUCUUGGAGCAGCUUGCUGGGAAAUUAACAAAGACAGGUGUUCAUGAAGACUAUGGCCCCUACCAUUCUCGUCGAAUUUUUGAGUCGGAUUACGCCGAAAUGAAGCGCAAAUUACGGAUUUUCGUGUAUCCUCACGACCGCAAGGAUCCAUUUCACAUGAUUUUCGAGUCAGGAAACAAGGUACCUUCAGGGAAUUACGCAAGUGAGGAGUUCUUCCAGCAAUCACUAUUGACGAGUACCUUCUUGACUAAAACUGCAUCCGAGGCCGACUUUUUCUUCAUGCCGGUUUCCAUUACAAAGGCUCGCAUGGACAAACGUAUCAACGUUGGAGGCUUGCAAAGCUUUUGUGCAAAUUAUAUCACAGAUGUACGUUCGCAAUGGAGCUACUGGAACCGAAGCAACGGCGCGGACCACUUUUAUUUGUCCUGUCACUCAAUUGCUCGUAAUGCAAUGGACAGAGUGCCUGACGUCCGACAGAACGCAAUCCAGCUGCUCUGCCCUGCAAGCUAUUUCCUCCCCUCUUACAUCACACACAAGGAUGCUUCAGUGCCGCAAAUCUGGCCACGACUCGGUAAAGAACCUGAGGAAGUUAGGACAAUUACGCAGAGAAAAAGAUUAGCAUUCUUCGCAGGCGCUCUCAAUUCCCCUGUGCGAAAGGAUCUUGAACGGACAUGGGCUAACGACAGCAAAAUACUAGUACAUAAGGGUCGUGUUCCGUAUCCUUAUUCGGAAGCUCUGCUGACCACCAAGUUCUGCCUCCACGCCAAAGGAUUCGAGGUGAAUACGGCGCGUCUCGGAGACGCCAUGUACUACGGUUGCGUGCCGGUGGUGAUCGCGAACUAUUACGACCUGCCCUUCCAAGAUAUCCUAGACUGGACCAAAUUCUCCAUUGUGGUUUCCUCUCUGGAUAUCCCUCUGCUCAAGAAGACCUUGGAAGCCGUCACAGAUGAGCAAUACGCCGAGCUCCAUCGCCAGGUGCUCUUGGCGCGGAAGCACUUCCAGUGGCAUGCUCCGCCAGAAGAGUACGACGCAUUUCACACGGUGAUGUAUGAACUUUGGAAGAGACGACACAUUGUGAGACGGUCCACCCAGUAACUAAACAAUCGAUUCUCCAGCAGUUGACAAAGCUCUCGUAGCAAUCAAUACUUUGUAUAUGAAUCAAUGACCAUAGGUUUCUGCUAACAUGCCAUAGACUCAAUUACGGUAUAGAUUUGUAGCGAUUCGAUUCUGGUUUCUAUGUGUAUUCUACGUAACUGACUACUCGAGACCAGAAGCAUCAAUAUAGCUGUGUAGCGGCUUGGUGGAAUGGCCGAGUUAAUUGUAAAAUAUGAGGUCCUUUAUAACCCCGACAAAGGAGGGCUGUUUCAGCGAA